AUGCGUUCACUUGCCCUCUUCUUUGUCGCCGUGUCCGUCACCUGGGCUGACCUAUCACCUCUCUCCCAGGAGAUGAUAAACACUAUCAACAAGGCCAACUCCACCUGGAAGGCAGGGCAGAACUUUCACAAGGUUGAUAUCAACUACGUGAAGGGGCUGUGUGGCACCAUCCUGAAUGCGGCCAAAGCCCCACAAGUAGUUCACAAUACUGAAGGCAUAAAACUUCCAGACAGCUUUGAUGCACGCCAGCAGUGGCCUAAGUGUGCUACUGUCAAGCAGAUCCGGGACCAGGGCUCUUGCGGGUCCUGCUGGGCCUUUGGGGCAGCUGAGGCGAUAUCUGACAGAUUAUGCAUCCAUAGUAGUGGGGAAAUCUCCGUGGAGAUCUCAGCGGAAGACCUUCUGUCCUGUUGUGAUGAAUGUGGGAUGGGGUGUUUUGGUGGCUUUCCCUCUGCUGCUUGGGACUUCUGGGUCCAGAAGGGCCUCGUGACCGGAGGCCUAUAUGACUCCAAAGCGGGUUGCCGCCCGUACUCCCUGGCCCCGUGUGAGCAUCACGUCAACGGAACGCGUCCUCCAUGUCAGGGCGAACAGGAGACUCCCAAAUGUGUGGAGCAGUGCAUUGACGGCUACUCGCUGUCUUACCCCAAGGACAAGCACUUUGGAAGACGAGCGUAUAGCAUCUCUUCCGACCAGGAGCAGAUCAUGACGGAGAUUUACAAGAAUGGACCUGUGGAGGCGGCUUUCAGUGUUUAUGCAGAUUUUCUUCAGUACAAGACUGGUGUGUACCAGCAUGUGACAGGGGAGAUGCUGGGGGGUCAUGCCAUCAAGCUCCUCGGCUGGGGGCAGGAAAACGGGGCACCUUACUGGUUGGCAGCCAACUCCUGGAACGGUGACUGGGGAGACAAGGGUUUUUUCAAGAUCAAGCGUGGAAGUGAUGAAUGCGGUAUUGAGUCGGAGGUGGUGGCAGGAAUCCCAGGGCCGCUACGAUUAAUAGGUCGCCAUCAUGCUUCUGUCUCUGCUGGAAUUGUGGACAGUCCAUUGGGACUUUGUGUUCUCCAGAGCCGACACCGUGCUUCUGUGCUCGCUCACGGCCGCACUGUGCUAUCUGUGGGGCCGCAAGAGCCCCUUCUGGUGUGCAGCGAGGCUUUCCGCCAGUUUCUCCACCAGCACUGUCCCGUGGUGACAGAGCACUUUAGUCCAACGCCGUGGUGCUGGGGAGGCCGCCUUCAAACGGUGGUCUCCUACUUCAUCAAGUCCAGACCUGCCGUCACUUAUCGCAAUACGCGGAUCUGCACAGCUGAUGGUGGUCAGAUAUCUCUUGACUGGGUGGACAAUGAUGCCAGCGCCGCCUACCCAGAAUCCUCCACUCGGCCCACGGUGCUUCUCCUUCCCGGCUUGACGGGGAACAGCCAGCAAUCUUAUGUGCUCCAUGCUAUCAAGCAGGCCACCAGGCAUGGCUACAGAUGUGUGGUCUUCAACAACAGAGGCUUUGGAGGCGAAGAGCUGCUUACCCCGAAAACAUUCUGUGCCGCCAACACUUCAGAUCUAGAGCAUGUGGUGUCCCAUGUCAAAAGCCUCCACCCACAAGCCCCCAUCUUUGGUGCUGGUGUCUCUUUGGGAGGCAUGAUACUGCUGAACUACUUGGGACGUAAGGGGUCGGAGUCCGGGAUGGUGGCGGGUUUGACCAUCUCCGUCCCCUGGGAUGCGCAAAAGUCCGCUAUCUCCAUGGAGGAACGUCUUAACUGGCUGCUCUUCAACAGACAACUCACACUCGGACUGUGUAAAGCUGUCCUCAGGCACAGGAAGAUUCUGGAGAAAGUAGUGGACAUUGAGAAUGUCAUCCAGGCUCGCACUAUCCGGGAAUUUGAUGAACGCUUUACCACGCUGCUGUUUGGCUACGAAACAUGCACAGAAUACUACUAUGAUGCAAGCCCGGACAAAAAACUUCCUCAUAUCGCCGUGCCCAUCUUGUGUCUCAAUGCAGCCGACGACCCCUUCUCUCCACAACACUACAUCCCCUUCACCAUAGCCCAGGACCUGUCAAAUGUGGCACUUUUGAUGACAUCCCACGGUGGACACAUAGCCUUCAUGGAGGGCUGGUUCCCGCGUGGAGAGAGUUACAUGGAGCGUGUGUUCGAUCAGUUUGUCCGAGCUUCCUUGGAACACCCAACUGACAUCAGGAAAGCAUGCAGCCUGGAGUAGGAAGAGACAUGCUGAGUGUCUGUGCUUUUUGAAAUACUGAUUGUAAUCGGGCUAUUGCACUAAAACACAAUUGUAUGUGAGUGUAGGGUUUUUUUUGUCUUAGAACAACUGUAAUCAAGGAUAACACCAUCACCAUCGUGUUGAUCUACCUCAAUGCCUCACUAUUCAGGACAUUUAACCUCAUUGGCUGCUCACAAGUCACAAAAUAAUUCAUUUGUAAUCAUUCCUUGCAAAUGUUGUAGAUGUUAACAGUACAGUUAAAUAUUCUUAGUUCACUUUUCCCCUUUUCCAUGUUAUUUCUUAAUACCCUCAAUAAAACACCAAUUAUUUACACAAGAUAAAAUGAGUGCUGAUCUGUACUUUCAUAUGUUAUGAAUGCUACAUUUAUAAUCUAAUGAAUAAUGAUCAACAUAUUCUUAUUAGAUUGUGCAAACAUUAAAUGUAGCUUGGCUACCACUAAGACUGAGUCCUGUCAUUACAUUUUCUACUACUUACUUGUAAACCAAUAGCUAAACAUGAGUCAUGACGAUUAAUAUUGAAGCGAUAUCGAUUUCCUCGCGUCCGGUUAAGUAACGUUUGGCUGAGAAACAAGGGUGUGGAGAUGUCCCCAUUCACUACAGAAGAGAUCAAAUUUGGUAUUUUUUAUAAACGAUUGUAACAUAGAAAUGUUUGUCAACAUUAUGCUCCAGGCAAAAAAAAUUUCUACAUAAAUGUCGAUUUAUGAACGUAAGGCCUACAUUUUUUAAUUGGCUAAAUGGAUUACAAUUAUCAAUCAAAUCUUGGAGAAUGAUUAAGAGUACAAAAGCACUUACAUUUAUAUUUUUGUUAAAAACAUUUAAAGUGAUUUAGGUAGCCCUUUUUGUCUUUUUUUAAUAUUAUGUUUUGUAUUAUUAUUUAUUAAUAUUUAAUACUCUAUCUGUAUUUGAUUUUGUUUUCUUUCCUUGAUGUUGAAAGUGCUUUGACUUUUGUGUGAAUUAUAAAUGUAGGUUUGUUCAAUUAAAAAAAAAAAAAAAAAAAAAAAAAGGUUAAGUAACGUGCUUCCGACGAGCAAUGAUGACAUCACAACUGUUGAAGACGGCUGUCAGUUCGUAGCGGAAUAUUUUAAACACUGCCUGUAAUUAUGUUUUAUCGUUUCAACACAAUAUUACGGGACAAUGGAUUUAAAAACAGAAAUUAUUUGACGGGACAUUAAAACCAUUCCCGGAGUCAUGUGCCAUUUUUAUUGUUUACUGGAAGACGACUUUUAACACAAAGGACCUCAGCGGACUUUUGUCCAGUGUGCACGCAACAUGUGGUCACCAUGGAGACGGAGCACACUGCGGAACUUCGCCUUCACUCCGAGUUAUCCAUCCCAAAACGAAUUAACCCCACCAACAAAAUAAGCACAGUCCUCAAACGUUCACAAUGAAGAGAAAACCACUUAGCUAACACCAC